AUUGCUGCGGUUUCUUUGUUGUCCACACUCAUAGCUGAAAAUGUCAAGAGAGACGCGAAGAUGAUCUUCAGUUUCAAACGCAAGAAAACGCAACACAUUCCGUUUUAUAAUUCCUCAGUUCAUCAGGUGGAUGAGGAGGUAUGUGUUGUGUCGUGGCAUCCGAAAAACAAACAGUGAAAGUGAAGUCUGCCACCGGACUGUAUGAAUAAACUAUAGCUUACACUAUAUUUGACAGUCUUUUGAUGAUAAAAGGAUUGAAUCAGGAUGGACCAAGCAACACGAGAUAAGCUGUCCGAACUAGUUGAGGAGCUGACAACCUCCGGAGAGCCCCAGCUUGAUCAGGAUAAAAUGAAGGAAGUGAAGAAAAUUUGCAAAGUUUCCAACGAUUACAUCGAUCAUUUCUACCACUUGAUUAUGACCCAGCUGAAUCAGGAACAUGCAGAAAUUCGUCUCUCGGCCUUCCAGAUGGUCAGCGAGCUGUUCAGCCGGUCACAUCAUUUCAGAAUCCUCCUCAUCACAAACCUUCAGGAAUUCCUGGAACUAACAGUAGAAACGGAUGUUGAGCAGCCUCUGCCUCCACCAAAAGAGGUGGCGAGGAAACUCAGGACUCUGGCCAUUCAGACUGUGCAGUCGUGGCACGCUGCAUAUGGAGAGGCGUAUAAGAAACUGUCUCUGGGAUAUCAUUUCCUCAAACAGAUUAAAAAGGUAGAUUUUCAUGACGUUGAAGCAAGAACUCUUGGAGAGAGGCAGAGACAAGAGGAGAAACAGAAGAGACUGGAAAGAAUUUAUAAAGAAAAGCUUGAAAGAGCCAAACAGGAGAUGGAAGAAAUGACAGCGGGCAUUGAGGAAACUUUGACUGAGAUGAACAACUGCAUAAAACUGCUUGUGACAGACCACUUAAACCUGUUUACUGAGGAACCGUCAACAUUUACCCCCUCCAGUGGAUUUGAGAACACAUCUGAGCAGCCGUGCUGCAGUAAAGACCUCAGUCAUGAACAGAGCAAAGUGAUCACACAGAAGAAGAGUGAGAAAGAGGAAAAAGACGCGUGUAGCGAUGACAGCGACAUGGAGGAAGUUCCCGAGGAAAAUGUGUUUCUGCGCAGCACUGGUUUAAUGUCUCAUAAAUAUCAGCUGGAGCUCAGUGUUGCUACAGAUUUAAACAUGAGAGAGACGGAAGAGAACGAGGCACUGGUGAACACAGUGAGGGAUCUUCAAAGACUCAUCACAACCAGACACCUGCCACUGGUUCAGUCCUGGAUCCAGGUUUUUACAAAGGUUGGUGUUGAGGAAGAACUGAUGCGUAGAGCCACGGAGUUGAAGAAGUCACUGGAGAAUACUUUGAGAAAACAAGAGCACCUUCACAUAGACUACAACAGAGAGAGGAGAGUGAUGAGAGCUCCUGAGGAGGGGGAGGAGGACGACGAUGAUUUUGAAGAGGUGCCGGAGAAGGAGGGCUACGAAGCACAUAUCCCCGAGCAUCUGCGGGUCGAGUACGGUCUUGAUGACGUUCCUUCAACCUCCGCCAGUGUGGCCAAACCAAAGUCAUCACAACCUGCCGUGAGACGUUCUGCACCUGUCGAGUCCAUCACCCUGUCUCGACUGAAGAGGAAGAUGCGUGAUGAAGAGGAGGAUCCCACCUGCGCUGCUGCCACGAUACGUGUGCUCAGACAGAAGCAUCCUUUAGCCCCGCCCAAAAGCGUGUCUGGGGGUUCAGCUGAACCUGCGGCGGGCAGCAGUGAUCAGGGGGACAGGAACAAAGAAGAAGCCCCCAUUGUUCCAUUUGGUGUGGAUCUUUAUUAUUGGGGAGAAGAGCAGCCCACUGCUGGCAAGAUUAUCAAACAAACAUCCCAGCACCAGUUCUGGGUUCCUCAUGAAGUGGAGGAGGAGGUGGACAACAAGGAACUGUCUGAACAGAUGAAGUCCAGGUACAUCACCUUCGCUGGCACCUUCAAACCUGUGGAGCACAAGUGCCGAACGCCGUUGCCGAAUGGAUCUCUGUGUGAACGUCAAGACAGAGUAAAGUGCCCGUUCCACGGAUGCAUAAUCCCGCGGGAUGAGCUGGGCAGGCCGAUUAACCCUGAAGAUGCACUACGAUUGGAGAAGGAAAAGAGAAAACGCGAGGAGGAGCAGCCAGAUUGGCGAGAUCCAGAACUCAUGAGAGAGAUCGAGGCAGCGACUGGAGAAGAUCUGGGCUCCUCAAAGACAUACGGCAAGGGGAAGAAGGGCAACAAAGGAAAGUCAAAGAAAAAGUACCCAAACCUUACAGACUUGAAGCAAAGUGCCAACACUUCACGCUCCAGGCUAGAGAAGAAAGUCUUCAACAAGAGCUCUAUGAGACGCGUAACUGAGGUCAUGAACAAGAUGGACAAGAGGAAACAUGAGAAAUUUGCAAAUCAGUUCAACUAUGCACUGAAUUAAAGAAUAAGGCAAUAACCCUAUAGGCCAGUGUUUACACAGUCAAUAAAGUGCAGCUCUCAGCAUCAAAACAACACUAUGCCUUAAAUCAAGUCAUUCGAAAAACUCUUUACAUUUAUAAUAACAGGUUAUUUAGUUGUGGUUGUAUUUUUGUAUGGUCUGCAUAGAAACUAAGGAAUGUUAAACAGUUAAUUUUAAGUGAUAUUUAAAAUAACACCUUGUAUUUUUUCACAAUUUGUCAUAUUUCCUCUUAUUGUAUUAUUUAUAUAUUCAUACCCUUUUUCAUGUGGAUGAAUGUUUAAUGUCAUAUUGUCAUAAGCUGUGAUGGCACAAUUGUAAGGUAUUGUUAAAUGACUUUGUGGUUUUAGGACAUCAAUUAAACUUUAGCUUUGUCUUUUAUUAAA